AUGAUUCUCGAUGAAGAAACUCUCGAAGAGUAUGGUUUCGGACAACCCGAAACCCUAAAAGAAACUAUCAUUAGAGGAAACCAUGAUGAUGCCCCGCCUAUUGCUUCCCCACCCUCGGGAAGAGGAAAGAGCUCGGGCAAUCACUCUCACAUACCAUGGAGACAAAAGAGUCGUGAGCAGAUCCUUGAAAGCUUGAUGAGCCAAUACUUGGAUCAACAAGCGCUAGGCACGAGGACUCUCCACUUCAAGAUGGAUAAGGUCGAUGGCAUUCUCUCAGGUAUGAUCGAUGAGCUUUCCUUGAGCUUUAGGAGAAUGAAGAUCAAGCUCACGAAAGACGUUGCCACCUUGACAAAGAAGAAUACAGUCUUGGAAGAAAGACUCAAAAUGCUUGAAGAGAGAGCUAACAAGAACGAAGAGAAACUCCAUGAGGAGAUCUUUCUCCUUCGUGAGCUAGCCGACUGCCAAAGAGAAGCCGGAAAGAAUCACAUGUCUGAUUUUAAAGUUCUCUUUAGUAACGAUUUGAGUUCGGCGGCUCAAAUAAAGAAGUAUGAGGACAAGGCUAAGGCGACCAUGGUCAAGAUCAAGAAUUUAGAAGAUAGCUAUAAACUUCUAACCGAGACAAUCCAUAUCAAAUUCGAUAAGUCCCUCAACCUGUUGCAUGGGAUAAAGUCUAAGCUGGGAUCUACGGAGACGACCUUUAACGAGACAAUCGAGAGGUUGGAUAAGAAGUACAACUCGUUACUCCUACGUGCUACCAUCUGCGAGAAACGCAUAAAAGAGAACUCAUGA